GAGGUCCCGGAGGAUCGGGUUACCCAGGAAGACCCGGAAGUCCAGGAGGAUCUGGUUAUCCAGGAAGGCCCGGUAGUCCAGGAGGAUCUGGUUAUCCAGGAAGGCCCGGAGGACCCGGUAGACCUGGUGGCUCAGGAAGACCUGGUUAUCCAGGAGGACCCGGAAGUCCAGGAAGACCUGGUACACCUGGUGGCUCAGGAAGACCUGGCUAUCCAGGAAACCCUGGUGGACCCGGUGGAUCGGGCUACCCAGGAAGACCCGGAAGUCCAGGAGGGUCAGGUAAUCCGGGAAGACCAGGAAGUCCAGGAGGAUCUGGUUAUCCAGGGAGACCUGGAAGUCCAGGAGGACCCGGAGGAUCGGGUUACCCAGGAAGACCCGGAAGUCCAGGAGGAC